GAAAAUUUGUUCCUAAACAGAACCAACUGGUUGUCUUUGAGGAAGAAGUGAAGUUUUAAACUCAAAGUCUAAGGUACAUUAUAGGACAGUUAUUUAUAUUUGUAAAGAAUUUUUUUAUUUUCAUUUGGUUUCAUCCUAAACUUGCAUCAUUUCUACUUUUUUUUCGUUUCUAUUCCUACCAAGUAUACCAGAACUAAGAUACUUCUUCAUUUUCGCUUAUUGAUUCCCUUUUUUCUAUUAAUUAUUAUUAUUAUUAUUUUUGGUUUAAGAGUCUUUUGAUUUAUAGAACCAAUUUUCAGUGCGUAAUUGGUGAUUCAUUGGUUUUCUUCAAGUAAUCUUUUUCUUUUUUUUUUUUUUUUGAUAUUGGUCUCCUUAUGGCUGAACAUAACAAUUCUCCAGGUACUUAUCCCAACAAGGGAGCAGCUACAGCGCUUGCUGUCAUUGGCACAGUUUGCUGGUGUGUGCAACUGAUUCCUCAAGCCAUAAAGAAUUAUCGUUCCAAAUCCACAGCUGGUCUCGAUACUCUGUUCAUUUUUAGCUGGGUGAUUGCCUCAAUCCCUCUUUCCGUUUAUAACUUGGUCCAGGACCUCAACAUUGCUCUUAAAAUUCAGCCUGAACUCUUUCAAUUGCUGUCUUUAGUAACCUUCUUCCAAUGUCUCAUCUACGGUGAAGGCUGGUCGGCUCGUAAAUCUCUGUUCGUUGUGGGUGGUCUCGCUGCUCUCUCGGCUGGUUUGCAGGCUAUGUGCAUUCUUACCAUUAAACUAGGCAUUCGUCGCCAUGUUGAAUGGCCAGUCGAAUUAAUGGGUGUUUUAGCCACAAUCCUUGUUAAUAUUGGCUUUCUUCCCCAAUACAUUCAAAUUUUCCGCCAAAGGGCCGUCCGUGGUAUUUCAUAUAUUUUCUUGACUAUCGAUUCUGCCGGCGCUCUCUUGUCCUUCAUAUCACUACCCUUCGACCGAUGGGAUGUACUAGCUGCCAUUGACUAUGGUCUCGUCUUUGUAUUAGAAAUGGGUAUUUUUGUAUUGGUCCUUAUUUUUAACGUCAUCCUUGGCAAAAAGGAUGAGACUUACGACGACAACGAAGAAAACGAAACUAGGGAUGAUGAAGAAACAGUGGAAGAGGAGAAGCCCAAGAUUCUUGUUAGAAACCCUACUUCCAGAUCAGACUACUCAGUUCAUCCUCAAGAAAAAUCAAUUCACAUCCCUUAAUCCUACUACUGUCUUUAUUUUCUUUAACUCUUGAAUAUGGAAAAUCUCAUCUUGGCCUGUUUUCUUUUGUUAUUAGCUUUCAUUCAUGACUGGAAUCGUGACACUGCUGAAAUGUGCUAGUGUAUGAGUUAGGAUUCCCUUUACUUUUUAUUUACUUUUAAAGUUUCAUUUCGUUUUUAUUUAUAAAUAUUGAGUUUAUUAGUAUUUGGGUUUUUACAGCUAUAUCAAUACAAUCACUUAUGGUGUAUGUA